AUGUCGUAUUGGCAGAUCAGGCUGAACACGAGCGUAAGCGGCGUCUCUCUAUACAACGCCGAAGUAACAUAUGCCGACCGGACCACCGACGGUGACUGUUCAGGCUUCGACACCUAUCUCGGGGAUGUAUCUGGUCCAGACAACACGAUCACCCAGGUAUACAACCCGAAGGCACAGACCAUCUCCAUGCCCAUACAGAUCACCGCACACAUGGCGUGUGCCACCUCCGAUAGAACCGGCAACAUAGUGGCCAUGAACUCCACUGUGCUGGUUGACUACGACGAUGGGAGUGCUCGCAGGCGGCGUGGUGUGACGCGGGUCGGGGUGCGAGAAGCACGGGAGCUGUACGUACAGGAGGAGACUGGCGUACGCUAUACGGCCGCGGAUCUACAGCUUGACCAGACACCCAGGCACAGCACGGAUAAAGAAGAGAGGGAUGGUGGUAGUCAUGGUAACGCGACACGCGUCAUUGCAGCUUGUGCGGUGGUCCUGGUACUGUGUCUGUGCUGCUGUGCUGGGUUGUGUGCACUGGUUAUCAGGCGCCGACGGAAACGGUAUUGGGAUGCGAGAAAGCAGCGAGACUUUAUAACGUCGUAUAGUCAGGGCUCGGGCAUGAACCUUGGGCAGCAGUCGAGCAGUAGUAAACUCGGUGGGAAGUUCAGUGUGACUCUUAAGACGAAUGCAAAGGUGUAG